AUGGGGAAAACCUUUCCAGCUGGUGCACUCGAUAAUCAACCUCCUAAGAAAAAAAGAAAAAUUAUUAAUCAUACAAAUAAAAAACAUAAACAAGAUAAACAAGAUAAAAAAAACAAAAAAAAAUCAGAUAGAGAUGUGGAUCUAGAUCUAGAUCUAGAUAUAGAAAUCGAUUCUACUAAAUUGAGCUCUUAUAACAUUGAUAUUGAUGAAGAUAAAACGGAUUUGAUAAGACAAAAGGAUAAAGAUGAUGAAACUUUUAAUAAAUUGGUCAACGACAGUUUAAAUCAAUUGAUUAAAGAUGAUAUUAAGAGUAAAGUUGAUAUUAAUAAUAAAAUUAGAAUAACUAUCAAUAUUAAUGAUAAUAUCAAUAAAAAAAUCAAUGAAAUGUACAACAAAUUGACUUCAAGUGGUAACAAAUCAACUUUAAGUGAUAACAAAUCAACUUCAAAUGACAGCAUAAUAUUAAUUGGUGAAAUGAAUUCAAUACAAAAAUUAAUUUCGAUAGUUGAGAUUUUCAAAAAAUUGGUUAAAAAUAAUAAAAAAAUUGUCAAACUUGCUAAUAAAAAUGAAAAUAAAAAUGAAAAUGAAAAUAAAAAUAAAAAUAAAAAUAAAAACACUGAUGAUGGUGCAAAUUGA